AUGUCUCUACGACCCGACGAAGUGGACGUGCGGAUUUUGGAGGAGAACCUGCUGAAAACCAACACGCUGGUGGAAAGCAUGGUUGCGAGUUGCCAAAAGAUCUCCAACUCGUCAUACAAGGCCGAAAUCACGAUCGAGCCCAUCUCGGGCAUGCAACGACGAAUGCAAGUCUACGAAACCAACCUGAACAACUGCCUCAAGGUGGUGGACGGCAUCAGGGACUACGCCAAGGUGACGGCAAGAGAGGAGAAGAUCAUCCGACAGGGCCCCGAGGCGGUGGGUCUGCCUGCCUACGUGGCGGCCAUUCAAUCUGUGAUUCGAGUCAACGACGAAAUCGAACAGCGAAAACUGCACAGCAUUCCCAAGGUCAAAGAGAAGGCCGUGGACCUGGCUCGAAUGGGAACGUCUGGUCUUAAGGAGAACCUCGCUACCAUCCUCAAGGAGGAAUCUAACCCAAUUGAUCCUGUUCCUAUCCUGGCUUCCGGAAAACCCUUUCCUCUGAUGAGUCCCAAGAACGCAGACAAGCUGAACGAGUUGAUGGGCAUCGUGGCGCGAUUCUCAGCCCGACAAGACAACACCUACGUUGACUCGCGAAGCCGGUAUCUCGCCAUGUCUCUCUCUCCGGUAGCUAGUAAGGUGAAGCCCACUGUUCGAACAGGCAAGGCUCCUUACGACAAGCAGUCCAACGGCAUUCAUAUUUACGCUGAGGCACUGCUGAAGAUGUUGCAGGCAGAACACGACAACCUGCGAUGUGCCUUUCCCAAAGACGAAGCACGUGUCAAGCAAUACUUCACGCAACUGGCACAGACUCCUCUGCAAACCUAUCAGGCUGCAGGAGAGGAAAUUUCAAAUCACGUGCAACGCAACAUCUCGACCGACGCCCUGCUCAUUUUCGAGCUUAUUGAGGGCACCGUGGCUCUGAAGCGAGGCCUCGAGCCGCUUACUAACUCCGCUGCUCCUCUCGAUCGCCUAAUUCAGAGCAGUUACAACGUCUCUCAGGGCGUGUUUACCGAAAUUCUCAAAAUCUGUGAGGCCAGAGUACAACAGGUGAUGACCUUGCCGUCCGACAAUGGUGUCUGUGACGCUACAGUAGAGGUUAUGAGUCGAAUCCGACGGUUUGCCGAGUAUAAGGACUCCGCAGUGCUCGCAAUCAGUGGUAUGAAGUACCAGCAAUGGAUCCCACAGCCCCGUCCAGCGUGGAUGUCGACCUUUUCAUCCGCGCCGGCAGGCUACACGACAACCAAGCCUCAAGAACUUCUUUCGGCUGUUUUCUCAGACUCUAUUGACGCCUUCUACGUGACCUUGGAGAUGAAGGCGAAGCAGCUGAACCCUAAGAAGCCGUCUCAGGUCGGCUUCUUUCUACUUACUAACCUGACCCUGAUUGAGCGGUUCGUAACGAAAUCAGAGGUCUACAAGGUUCUUGGAGGUCAAGGACGAGAACGGCUGGAGAAGCUGCGAAAGCGAGGUCUUAACCUGUUCCUGGAGGGCUGGAAGGCUACCGCUUCGUUGCUUAUGGACACCACGGUGGUCAAUUCCAAGGGUUCCCUUUCUUCCAAGGAUCGAGAGCUGGUCAAGGACAAGUUUAAGACGUUCAACGCGGACUUUGAGGAGCUUGUCAAGAAUCAUAAAACUUACACCAUCACCGAUCCGGCCUUGAAACAGCUUCUGGCUAAGGAGGUGGCGUUCAUUUGUCCCCUCUACCAUCGAUACUACGAUAAGCAUAUUGGAGGAGACUUUUCCAAGAAUGUGGACAAGUACAUCAAGUACGAUAAGGCGCAAUUUGAUCGGGUGCUGCAGGAGCUCGGAGACUAA